UGAGGUCUGACGACAAAAUGUUAGGUUCAAAUCAAUAUGUUUUAAGAAGAAAAAUUGAAAUAUCAAUCUCAUCAAGAUUAUUCGACUCACAUCAAAUUCCAUCAAUCGAAUCACAUUUUAACGAAAAAUACGAGACAUAUGAGCCAUACCAACAAAGAAUUAAUUUCAAAUAAAUAGAAAAAAAGGUAAAAAGUGCAUUGAUGGUCAUAAUCGAAGUGGGACUUACCACUUAAUAGACCUACACUCUUUAAUAGCGAGACAUAGGACGUCUGCAUUUGUGGAAUUGUUGGGCCAAAAAAUGCGAAGCAUUAGCAGAGUAUUUAUAAUAGGAAAUGGGGUCGCCGGUGCAGAAAAUCAGUGCUUCGGUUUGGUUCGAGCUCUGGGUUUAUCCCAUCUACAAACACUACAUGUAUCGAGUUAUUAGGCCAAAAGGAGGUAUUCACAAGCAACUUCAGUGGUUGCCUGUUUCUCUCCACAAAAGGUUAGAAAAUGUCGGAAAGUUGAUUUAUGGAGAUUCACUUCCAACUCAAAUAGCAGUCAGAGGACAGAAGUUGAUGCCUCUUCCUGCUGAAAGACAGGUUUCUUCGGAUAUCAUAGAAGCUAAUGCAAAACAUAUUGCAACACUAUCCCGUGAAGCAUUUUCCAAGGAUGGUCCAUCAUUAGUAGUUGCAUCAGGUCGUGAUACCAUCUCCAUUUCAAGCUCAAUAAAACAGUUAGCUCCAGAAUAUGUUUUCACUGUGCAGAUUCAACAUCCCAGGUCACGUCUAAAUAGGUUUGACCUAGUGAUCACACCUCGUCAUGAUUAUUAUCCUUUGACACCUGAGGGACAAAAACAAAUUCCUUGGCUUCUUCAAAGGUGGAUAACACCUCGCACAUCUCCUGAGAGACAUGUGAUAUUGACUGUUGGAGCCCUUCAUCAAGUCGAUUCUGAUGCGCUGAAGGAGGCAGCUUACACUUGGCAUGUUGAGUUAGCAAAUUUACCGAGACCUUUGCUUGUGGUUAAUGUUGGAGGGCCUACAGGGCAUUGUAAAUAUGGUACAGACCUAGCACUGGAGCUAACAGCCUUGCUGCUGAAUAUUGUUCCAACCUGCGGGAGCAUCAGAGUAUCUUUUUCUCGUAGAACUCCUUGUAAGGUCUCAGACAUCAUAUGGGAAGAACUUGGAAAUCAUCCCAAAGUUCACAUUUGGAAUGGUGAAGGUCCAAAUCCACAUAUGGGACAUUUGGCUUUUGCAGAUGCUUUUGUUAUCACUGCUGACUCAGUUAGUAUGCUAAGUGAGGCUUGCAGUACUGGGAAACCUGUUUAUGUAAUUGGUGCUGAGCGAUGUACAUGGAAAUUCAGAGACUUCCAUCAAUCCUUGAAAAAUCGAGGGGUGGUUCGACCAUUCACUGGAGAAGAAGAUAUAUCUGAAAGUUGGAGCUAUAGUCCCCUGAAUGAUACCAAGGAGGCAGCUGCUCAGGUGAUUAAAGCACUGGCCGAACGUGGAUGGAGAUUGCCAUCAUAAUUUCUUCUCAACUAUAGUAUUUAUCUGGAUUCAGGCAUAUUUACCAGUUUUAGCCCCUGUAUAGGAAAUGGAGUAGAGGGAAUUUGUUGAGUUUCUACCAUGAGGAGAAGUAUAAAUUCUUCUCAUUUUGGUUGUUUGGUUGUUUACUACUUCUGUCCAGUUUUAGAAGGAUUAGUGUAGUAGUAAGGUACCUCUCCACUUCCCUUUUCAUUUCAUAAGAUAUAUAUUCAUUCGUUAGGUUGCU